CUAAAUUUUGAUUGGUCUAUGAACAAAAAUCUGCUCGGAAAGCAGGGGUCAGAGCGGUUCGAGCAAAACAAGUAUGGCAGAGCCAGUUCAUGAAGUGCGAAUAAUCGAGGAGUUAUUUUCGUCAGAGAAUUCCGAUGAUGAAGAAGAUAUUUUAUUAUUGCGGAAUAUCGCCAAUAGAAGACGAAAAAUUCCGCGCAUCCAAAAUUACAUCGCUGACGUUGUUAACCACUAUAACGAUAAACAAUUCAAAAGUCAUUUCAGAGUGUCGCGAGAAACUUGCAAUUAUUUAAUAGCUUUAUUCGAACAGAGCGAACAUUAUCCCAAAGGACCACCUUUCGGUGGUGUGAGAAUAAAAACUGCUGAAGAGUACAUUCUAUGUUAUUUAUGGUUUGCAGGUAACAAAUCUGUUUACCGCAUUGUAGCUCAACUCUUUGGUUUGAGUUUGUCAACAGCGCACGCAAUGAUAGAAAGUGUAACGACUUAUUUAACAGAUGAAUUGGGUCCACUGGUUAUCAGAUUUCCUCGUACCUUGCAGGAGAAACAAGACAUUUGUGAGGAAUUUGAGGAGAUUGCAGGAUAUCCAGGAGUAUGCGGAUGCAUUGAUGGUACGUUUAUAAACAUCCGUACACCCGCACAUAAAAUUAAGUCGACCUACGUUAAUCGUCACGAUACAACGGCAUUGACUUUGCAAGGAAUAUGCGAUGCGAAGAAGAAGUUCCUUGAUGUGUUUCCUGGAAUACCAGGAAAAAUUCAUGACGCGAGAGUAUUUACUUUGUCAUUUAUUCGCCCUACCGUGCUAUCAAUGGGCCCAGAUUUUCAUAUACUCGGAGAUUCUGCUUAUCCGAUAUGUGAAAAUCUGAUGACACCGAUCCGGGAUUACGGAAAUUUAACAGAUGAACAAAGAGAAUAUAACAGGCGAUUCUGUUCAACAAGAGUUUUAAUCGAAAAUGCUUUCGGGCUUUUAAAGCAAAGAUUCAGGCAACUAAUAAGAACAGAUAUGUGGGGUGUUUUAAAGACAUCGAAAUUUAUACUAUCAUGCUGCGUGAUGCAUAAUUUAUGUAUCGAAAGAAACGACUUCUUGGAUGGAAUUGAACAUUACAUGGCAGAACCUGAGCCUGAAGCAGAGUUUAUUAUAAACGAUGAAGCUCGGCGUUUAGGUGUAUUGAAACGCAAUUUGCUGUCCAGGCAAUUCAUGUAAAUAUAGAAGCACUGCGAUUUGUAACGUACAUCAUUUGUCAAUUUAUAAGAUUUGUAAAAAAUAAUUACUGUAAUGUCUGAUAUGCUGCAUAAAAUAUUCACCUACCGAAAAUGUU